AUCCGGGGCGGCCGCCGCGGCCGUGGGGAAGGAGGGGGAGGCGGAGAGGAAACAAAAACAAUCGCCCGGGCGCCGCCAUCUUGGGCCGGUUCUCCACACGCCACACGGGUGAAUGGGUAGAUAUGAGAUUACCACGGGGGAGCAGCGGCAGCAGGGCACCGAGGGCUGUUCCGCGCUGCCAGCGACACUCGGCGGGCUCUAGGCACGGCCGCCGCCGCCCGGAGAGAAUCCCCCGGCUCGGCCUUUUCGCCUCGCCAGCCCCUAAGCUGCACUGCUGGAGGGACAAAGUUGGGCUGAGCCGCGCUGCCUCCGCCGCCCGGGAGACCGGAGAGUUGAGCCGGGGUCAGAGUUAGGGGAGAGGGUGACGAGGGGAUCGCUCCCCGCUCCGCCGUGUGGGAGGCGCGGGGAGAAGGCUCUGCCUCCCCGCCCCUGCCGUCUCCUGCUGCUCGCUCCUCGGAGGAAAAGAAAAAAGAGGAAAAAAAAAAAAAAAAGGCAAGAACUGGAUCGAGCUCGGAGGAGUGGAUUUUGUGGAGUCUCCGUGUGAGCAGCGGCGGGGCGGCGAGGAGGAGAUGUGUCCGUGAGGAGGGAGAGGAGCGUGGAUCCAUCCAGGACCCGUGAGGAGCCGGAGGAGCCUGGAUCCAUCCAGCCCCAGCCCGCCGUGAGGCACAGCCGCCUCCCUUCCAAAGAAGCCCGGUUCUCCUGGAAGCACGGCACUCGGCAAGGAUUUGCCACAAAGAAUAUACCACCCUCCUCCCCCAGCGCCCUGGAUACUGCAUUUUAUUUUUUAAUUUUUUUUUUUUCUUUUUUGGUACCCCCCUCCCCAGCCACUCUUGUGUGUUUAAAUACCAAAUAUAGCCUCUCGCGGGGGGAGGGGAUGGAAAUCUCCUAGAAGAAUUGGAAAUCUUGCUGGGAUUCGGGAGUGCUGGUGCUGGAGAAGGGCGGCGAAGACGGGGGGAUGCACUGCUCUCGCUGCCUGGCCAAGGACUAGAGAUUUGCCACUUCCCGGGGAGCCCGAAGGUUUGUGUGUUCCCAGACUGUCGUUUCCCCCCUUUCCCUCUGCUGGGCUACGCUAAAUCACUCAGCAUUUAUUAAAGAAAACCCACGUGUAGCUUGGUGGCUGGUUUUUAAGGUAGUUUUUCAUCGACGAACUGACAAAAAAAAAAAAACAAAAAACCUUCCUCUCUUCGCCCCGAGGUUUGGAACUGGAAUGGAGCUGCUUUUCUCCCAAACACUACGCGGGGUGUGAAGGGGGGGAGGCAGGACGAAAACAUCGCCUUGGACUGAUCCCGAUCCGACCCCCCGACACUCGCACCCACGAGGGAUGAUCCUUCACGGCGCCUGAUGUGGAAAACACUUGGAGACUCAGAGACUUCGUCGUGCUCAGCAGCUUAAUCGUUGACUUAUUUUGUUUUGGUUUUCUUUUUUUCUUUUUUUUUUUAAGUGGAUUCGUAGCAUUACUUUUAUGAAUUGAAUUUUGCCACCGUUUGUACAGAAGCCAAAUGACACGUGUGUUUUGAAACACGGUUCCAAAUAUAUUUAUCCCUCCCUCAACUCGGAUUCUCUCUAGAAAGAGCCGCGGGGAGGUCGUCAGUGUCUGAACAAACCUGAUUUUUAGUGUUUUAUGAACACUACCUGCUGCAGAAAUGUUGCUAUAAAUUGCUUUAUAACGGUUCAGCAAGAAGGGAGAUUUUUUCCGGCUUGCAGGACCCAGAAAACUGGAUACUUAAAGUCACUUAAAUGUUUUAACAGCAUUGGAAAAUGGGAGCUGCUACUAAGUUGGCGUUCGCUGUUUUUCUUAUCUCUUGUUCAUCAGGUGCCAUCCUGGGCAGAUCAGAAACACAGGAGUGCAUCUUCUACAACGCUAACUGGGAGAAGGAUAAAACCAACCGCAGCGGCAUCGAGCCCUGCUAUGGUGAUAAAGAUAAAAGGAGACACUGCUUUGCCACAUGGAAGAAUAUUUCUGGAUCAAUUGAAAUCGUGAAGCAAGGCUGCUGGCUGGAUGACAUCAACUGUUAUGACAGGAAUGAUUGCAUCGAGAAGAAGGACAGCCCUGAGGUGUUUUUCUGUUGCUGUGAGGGCAACAUGUGCAACGAGCGCUUCUUCUACUUCCCGGAGAUGGAGGUCACGCAGCCAACUUCCAAUCCUGUUACACCGAAGCCGCCUCUGUUCAACACCUUGCUCUACUCCUUGGUGCCUAUCAUGGGAAUUGCAGUGAUCGUGCUCUUCUCCUUCUGGAUGUACAGACAUCACAAGCUGGCCUAUCCUCCCGUGCUCGUUCCCACCCAGCACGCCUUUCAUAUAAUGAUUGAGGAUCCUGGGCCUCCCCCACCAUCUCCCCUGAUGGGUCUGAAGCCGCUGCAGCUCCUGGAGAUCAAGGCCAGGGGCAGGUUUGGGUGUGUGUGGAAAGCUCAGCUGCUCAAUGAAUACGUCGCAGUCAAAAUAUUCCCCAUCCAGGACAAGCAGUCGUGGCAGAACGAGUACGAGAUCUACAGCCUGCCCGGGAUGAAGCACGACAACAUCCUGCAGUUCAUCGGCGCCGAGAAGCGCGGCUCCAGCAUCGACGUGGACCUGUGGCUCAUCACCGCCUUCCACGAGAAGGGGUCCCUGACAGAUUUCCUGAAGGCCAACGUGGUGUCGUGGAACGAGCUGUGCCACAUCGCCCAGACCAUGGCCCGGGGCCUGGCCUACCUGCACGAGGACAUCCCGGGGCUCAAGGAUGGCCACAAGCCAGCCAUCUCCCACAGGGACAUCAAAAGCAAGAACGUGCUGCUGAAAAACAACCUCACGGCUUGUAUUGCUGAUUUCGGUCUAGCUUUAAAGUUUGAGGCUGGAAAGUCUGCAGGAGACACCCACGGACAGGUGGGCACGCGCAGGUACAUGGCUCCCGAGGUGCUCGAAGGCGCCAUCAACUUCCAGAGGGACGCGUUCCUGAGGAUAGACAUGUACGCCAUGGGCCUGGUGCUCUGGGAGCUGGCCUCGCGCUGCACGGCCGCCGACGGCCCCGUGGAUGAGUACAUGCUGCCUUUCGAGGAGGAGAUUGGCCAGCACCCCUCCCUGGAGGACAUGCAGGAGGUCGUGGUGCACAAAAAGAAGAGGCCCGUCCUAAGGGAGUGCUGGCAGAAACAUUCUGGAAUGGCGAUGCUGUGCGAGACCAUCGAGGAGUGCUGGGAUCACGACGCCGAGGCGCGGCUGUCGGCGGGCUGCGUGGAGGAGAGGAUCAUCCAGAUGCAAAAACUCACUAACAUUAUAACAACAGAGGACAUCGUGACUGUGGUCACAAUGGUGACAAACGUUGACUUUCCUCCCAAAGAAUCCAGUCUAUGAUAGUUGCACUGGUCAUGAAGCGACCACAGGACUCUUCACUGGAGCUGCUACAGCGCACGGACUGCCGGUGUCACUGCCGUUCCGGGUGCCAAGGACGGAUGGUAAGUCUCUCUGGAACAUCACCGAGAGGUGUUCAUCCUUUGUUUUCCCCCUCCUCCUCCUCCCCAGCGUGGAUCCAUGAGACUUUCUGCAUUCCCUGCUUACACCCGAAGGACGUGACUGAGAACCCCUCACGUGCUGAUAAGGAACUUACAAUGAAGACUCCGGACCCGAACGGGCUAAUGAGCAUUUUAAACACUGACAUCCGAUUCUUAAUCCCUGGCAGAAGAGACUAAUUCCUUUAAAUGAACUACUGUUAUUUUUUUUAAAUCAAAACCAUUUCAUUUCAGAUUUAAAAACAACAACAAAAAAAAAAAGGGUAACUUGUUUUUAUUGCAUUCGUCGUUGUUUAUAAAAUGACUAUUGUAAUGCGACUACGACACAGCUUGUGAAUGUUCCGUGUGCUGCUGUUCCGUGUACAGAAACAAGAGUAAUCAAUGGGAUAGAGCAAAGAGGCUUCCAAGUAUUACUUAACCUCCCUCAACCAGGUAUACCUCAGUUCCACCUCGCUAAAUUAUGAUUGACAACACUAAUUGGAAUAAUAAACCGCUCCGUGUUUUGUAAAUGA